AUGUGCAAGGAAUCAGACACCAAGCUUUCGUCAUCAUCGACAUCGACAGCCGCAUCUUCCUCUCGUUCUACCAGUAAUGAGACUAUUUCUUCUACCCUUUCUAGUGGCUCGGACGGAGAAUCAUGGAGUGAGACAACACCUGUUCCGUCCAAUGCCAAACGAAUGUCUACCCUAGAUUCGAGCAGUUUUGACGAGCCGAGCUCUGUCAUCCCUUCCUUCAACUUUUGGCCCACGACCUUUGGUGCUUUGGCUUUAUCUUUUGGAAUGCUCGGCUUUUCUCUGUGGAUGCCGUUUGUAGGAUUGGAGGAAGCAUCAGGCGAGACUUACCAGUUUGCUUAUUGGAACUACGAUCCGUCCAUUUCCAGAUUUGACAAUACAGCUUGGACCUAUGUUACAGAUUACAUGUUGGCCGCAGUCAUGGCGGCUUUUUCAUUCUCGACUUUAUCGCUUUCCCAACCGAGGAAUACGGACCGUUUGUGCAAUCGGGUCGCCUCGUUGUCAUUGUUGUACAUGAUUUCGGUCAUUGCGGGUGGCAUUGCACACCAAACUUUUCUCACAGUGGAGUCUCGGAAUUCGCUAUCCUUCCAGCUACUCUGGACACUUUGCGUGGGUACAGUCUCAUUGGCCAGUACCUCGAUGGGCUGCUGCGGUUCGGAAAUUGUUCGAAAAUUCCAAGCUGAAAAGCACUGUUCUGCAAAGUUUCAGAAAAUUCCGGUCGUUCCUGAAUAUGUUUGGUGCAUCUAUGGAUUUUGCGUCUUUGUCUUUACGGCUUUGGGUGGAAUGUCCUUUCAACGACCCGCCUGUGAUAUUUUCAUUGCCGGAACUUCGCAAACUCCCUCGACCGCUUACAUCAUGAUCGUCCUGUACUUUGUGGACCAUCCCAAAGCUAAGUUCAACAUUCGAGCGUGGGGAAUGUUUGGAUUCAUCUUCAACGCGCCGCUACUACCCAUGUACCCGAUCUUGAUAUACUAUACCAACUUGCCACUGGCAGCGGUCAAUACACUGCUCCACAGUUGGCUUACAGUAGCCUGGUCUUCUCAGGCCUUUGCUCUUGGUCAUGUGAUUCGAUCGGUGGUGCAUACUACCAAGGAAAAGUCUAUAUAA